AUGUCGCUGAUUCGGAGCAAAACGAAUAGAGAUGGGUCAGUUAUAUCGGAAAGGGAUUUGGACGGUAGCUACCAACCGUGCGCGGGUGAUGCAAGUGACCAGCACGAGUUGUCUGGCAGCCGCCGGGGGCAGCCAGAGGCCACAGUCCCCAAGGACGCGGACACUGCCGUGGCCCGCUCAAACUGCAACCAGUAUUUUCCUGGAGUUUGCAUUCAACGAAAAAGCGAGAUAAUAUCUGCUGUAAGUGAGAAGAAACCUCAAAAUUUUCCGCGGCUUGUUUUGAAACCGGUUCACGAAAGUGCGUGCCUACCCUGUCCGGAUGGCGACACUAGAGCGAGGAGCACUGCUGCUGCUGCUGCUGAUACCAGCGUGGUGCUCGAAGGCCAGAAUAUGACGCCAAACGAUGCUGUUGUUCGUGUGUGUGGAAAUGGCGUUGGAGAAGUUUACCGAGUGCCUCGGGCUGCUGAGGGUUUCGCAGCAACGACACUGGACCUAUGCUCGCUCGGCAACAGCGUUGUGAAGGCAUGCGCGCCCUUUGCUCAGGUCUUCAUCCGGAAUACGCAAGGCUCCAGUCUCUGUAUCGGAGUUGUUCUGGGACCGAUCUGCCUGGAGCAGUGCGCCAACUGCACCGUGCGCAUUGCGGCAGCGCAGCAGGUCAGGUUGGCGAACUGUGUGAACAUGCAGAUUCAGGUCCGCUGCAUUACCUGUCCUAUUGUAGAGUGCUCCAAGGACGUGCGGUUCGAUAACAUAUAUGAGACAGAUGGCACGGUAUAUCCGGAGGAGUCCGCGGAUAUCGCGCUCUUUCAGGCACGACUUCGACUCGCAGCAGACAACUGGAUCGAUCUCCACGAGCAGCAGCCGAUCUUCAUUGACGCACCCUUGAAAUAG